AACGGGAGACUGCGCAAUGCCUGGCACUCGAUGCGCCCUCCGCGGACCGGGCGAUCCAGUGCACCGCCGCAGCGUUACUCUGUCCGGCCGAGCCCCGGCGGCUCUGGCCGCGGCAGCACUCAGCGCCACGCGUCGAAAGCGCAGGCCCCGAGGACCUGCUGAACUGACAGUAUGAGCCGCACAGCUUACACGGUGGGAGCCCUGCUUCUCCUCUUGGGGACCCUGCUGCCUGCUGCUGAAGGGAAAAAGAAAGGGUCCCAAGGUGCCAUCCCCCCGCCAGACAAGGCUCAGCACAAUGACUCGGAGCAGACUCAGUCGCCCCAGCAGCCUGGCUCCAGGAACCGGGGGCGGGGCCAAGGGCGGGGCACAGCCGUGCCCGGGGAGGAGGUGCUGGAGUCCAGCCAAGAGGCCCUGCAUGUGACAGAGCGCAAAUACCUGAAGCGAGACUGGUGCAAAACCCAGCCGCUUAAGCAGACCAUCCACGAGGAAGGGUGCAACAGUCGCACCAUCAUCAACCGCUUCUGUUACGGCCAGUGCAACUCCUUCUACAUCCCCAGGCACAUCCGGAAGGAGGAAGGCUCCUUUCAGUCCUGCUCCUUCUGCAAGCCCAAGAAAUUCACUACCAUGAUGGUCACACUCAACUGCCCUGAACUACAGCCACCUACCAAGAAGAAGAGAGUCACACGUGUGAAGCAGUGUCGUUGCAUAUCCAUCGACUUGGAUUAAGCCAAAUCCAGGUGUGCACCCAGCCUGUCCUAGCCUCACUAGCCAAGUCCUACGUAAUACAGAAAACAAGCACUGUAGACUUGGAUUCAGUUGCCUAUCAGGGCUCCAGCAUUCAAAGAACCCUUGCAACUCAAGAAGCCGUUUCCUUGUUUUGAUCCAGUGCUCUGCAGUCUAGCAACUAUAAACAGCCGUUUCAAGGCAGGAGAUAUUUUAAAUGUCCAAAAUAUUGGGUCUGAUUUUGAAACUUUCAAACUGACUACUGAUUCUCGCACUAGGUGAAUUUGUCCAAACACAUUGUGUGUUGUAUACACUGUAUGACCCUGUCCCAGAUCUUUGUAUUAUCCACAUUCUCCAGCAUUAAAGCACAGAAUGGAUUUGAUCAAGCACACACAUGCUAAGGCAGAGUUUUGAGAGUGGGAGAGUAAAAAGGGAAAGGAAGCUGAAGAUACAAAACCACACCAGAGAGGAUAAAUGACACUCAGAACCAGCAAACACUGAAUUUCUCUUAACUAUGCCACAAGCCUGCUUUGUUAACAGAUGACUUAAGUUGGCAGCAGUAAUCUUUUUAGGAGCUUUUACCACUGUCUUGCAUAUAAGUCCAGAUUUGGCUCAAGUAAAGAGAAAAUGCUCAAAACUAACUUCACUGGGAUAAUCGGCAGCAUAACUACCAUGAACGCACAUCACUAGCCAAAGAGGGAAAUGUUUGCUCUUCUUACUGUGCCUGUAUUAAGACUAAUAGAAAUGUGCUGUCUUCCAACAUUUAUUGCCAAUGCCGUAUCUGUAACAUUUUAUUGGAGUCAUCGAUGAUGUAAUGAUACAUACUUUUCAUUAUUAUAGUAGAAUAUUUUUAUGGCAAGAUAUUUGUGAUCUUGAUCGUACCUAUUAAAAUAAUGCCAAACACCAAAUACGAAUUUUAUGAUGUAUACUUUGUGCUUGGCAUUAAAAGAAAAUGCAAUCCUGGAAGUCUGUAAGUUGUUUUUUGUUACUGUAGUUCAAGUGUAAGUGAAAAAUCUGGAGAGGAUAAUUUCCACUGUGUGGAAUGUGAAUA